GUACCUUAAUUCUAGCUCCCAUUGACAUCAGUUGCAAAACCUUCUUUGUAAUUUAAAGGGAAGAUACUUCUAUUGUGGGUGGAAAGAAAAAGAAAAGUUACCUCCAUGGAAGAUUCUCAGGAUUUAAAUGAACAAUCAGUAAAGAAAACGUGCACAGAAUCAGAUGUUUCAGAGGCUCAGAAUUCCAGGUCUAUGGAAAUGCAGGAUCUAACAAGUCCUCAUAAUCUUGUUGGAAGCAGUGAUAAUCCGAGUAGUUCCAAACUGGAUAAAUCUAAUCUCAGCAGCACGUCCAUCACAACAAAUGGAACAGGAGUGUCUCUUCUUGCAGUCAAAACAGAGCCCAUGAACAGCAGUGAAACAACCACCACCACCACAACUGGAGAUGGAUCGCUUGACACUUUUACUGGGUCAGUAAUAACAAGUAGUGGCUACAGUCCAAGAUCAGCACAUCAGUACUCGCCGCAGAUAUAUCCCUCCAAGCCCUAUCCACACAUUCUUUCUACACCAGCAGCUCAAACAAUGUCUGCCUAUUCUGGACAGACCCAGUAUUCAGGAAUGCAACAGCCUGCAGUCUAUACAGCCUACUCACAGACUGGACAGCCUUACAGCUUACCUACUUACGAUUUGGGUGUAAUGUUGCCAGGCAUCAAGACGGAAAGCGGGCUUUCGCAAACACAGUCACCACUGCAGAGUGGGUGCCUCAGUUACAGUCCGGGGUUUUCCACACCACAGCCCGGCCAAACACCGUAUUCUUAUCAAAUGCCAGGUUCUAGUUUUACACCCUCAUCUACUAUUUAUGCAAAUAAUUCAGUCUCGAAUUCUACAAACUUCAGUAGUUCACAACAGGAUUAUCCAUCCUACACAGCUUUUGGCCAAAACCAAUAUGCACAGUAUUAUUCAGCAUCAACAUAUGGAGCAUAUAUGACCUCAAACAACACAGCUGAUGGCACAUCUUCAUCAUCAUCAACCUAUCAGCUACAGGAAUCUCUCCCUGGCCUGAAUAGUCAACCAGGGGAGUUUGACACAGUACAGAGCCCCUCAACACCGAUCAAAGAUCUUGAUGAGAGAACGUGUCGGAGUUCUGGGUCAAAGUCUCGGGGUAGAGGGCGGAAGAAUAAUCCAUCACCCCCUCCGGACAGUGACUUGGAGCGUGUAUUUGUUUGGGAUUUGGAUGAAACUAUCAUCGUUUUUCAUUCACUGCUUACAGGAUCCUAUGCACAAAAAUAUGGCAAAGAUCCACCAAUGGCAGUGACCCUGGGCCUGCGAAUGGAAGAAAUGAUUUUUAAUCUUGCUGAUACACAUUUAUUUUUUAAUGACUUGGAGGAAUGUGAUCAAGUUCAUAUAGAUGAUGUUUCUUCUGAUGACAACGGGCAAGACCUAAGUACCUACAGUUUUGCAACUGAUGGCUUCCAUGCAGCUGCAAGUAGUGCAAACCUUUGUCUGCCAACAGGUGUAAGAGGAGGGGUUGACUGGAUGAGGAAGCUGGCUUUCCGUUACAGAAGAGUAAAAGAAUUGUAUAAUACUUACAAGAACAACAUAGGAGGUCUCCUUGGCCCUGCUAAAAGAGAUGCGUGGCUGCAGUUAAGAGCAGAGAUUGAAGCUCUGACCGACUCCUGGUUGACAAAUGCACUUAAAUCAUUAUCAAUUAUUAGCACUAGGAGUAACUGUGUAAAUGUUUUGGUAACAACCACCCAACUUAUCCCAGCACUUGCAAAAGUCCUGUUGUAUAGUUUAGGAGGUGCUUUUCCUAUUGAAAAUAUUUACAGUGCAACCAAAAUAGGAAAAGAAAGUUGCUUUGAACGAAUAAUGCAAAGGUUUGGCAGAAAAGUAGUAUAUGUUGUUAUUGGGGAUGGUGUAGAAGAAGAACAGGCAGCAAAAAAGCACAACAUGCCUUUCUGGAGGAUAUCAAGUCAUUCGGACCUCUUGGCUCUACAUCAAGCACUGGAACUAGAGUAUUUGUAACUGUGUUCUAUAGUUGGCGAUCCUUUUUUAUAUUUCAAGUACACUGAAUUUUUAUGUGUGAUUCGAUGCCUCUGGCUUAACACAUAUGAAUUGUCUUAAGAAGGGAAGAAAUAUUUGGAAUGAAAAUUCCACAAUGAAGAAUUCAGAUUGCUGAAUGGAGUUAAAAUGUUAGUGCUACAUAAGGAAGCUCUAUGGUCUUAUAUAUGCAACAUUUUUAACAAAUAAAAACUAUGGAGGUUGCUGGUACACACCAAAUGAGCCCUAACGGAAGUGAACAAAGGACUCAUAAUGGCAAAGCACCAACAUGCAUUUUCUGACCGACAAGGUGGUGGUCAACAACAUUCCUCAAUAUGGGGUAUACUCAGCACUGAGGUUUGAAUCAGACUUUAGCCUACCUAACCCAGAAAAUCUGAAUUGGAAUGCACUCAGACUGUAUAAUGACAAUCCUGUCUAGACCUGUAAUUUGUGUAAAUUAUUGAUGAAAAUAAUUUACUGUGACUUUAUUAGCAGUUGAUUUUUGGA